AUGCAGUACCUAUUCAGCAGGUGUGUGAGCAUUCCCAUGUUAGUUCCUGAGCGUUUGGGAAGCAGGAAGCUGCAGGCAGCAGCUGCUCAGGGCCGGCAGGAGAUAACCACAGGCUUGGCAUUCUUCAGCUGCGUGGGCGCCGACGCAAACGUCACCGCCGGGCAUGGCACGGAGGGGCUCACCUGCGACACGGCCAAGGGGUGCACAGGGAACGGGACGCAGCUGCGGCGGCAGGGCCACUUCUCCCGGUGCCCGGAGGAGUACAAGCACUACUGUGUCAAGGGGAGGUGCCGCUUCCUCGUGGCCGAACAGGCGCCGGCCUGUGUGUGCGAGCGAGGCUACACCGGGGCUCGCUGCGAGAGGGUGGAUCUGUUCUACCUGCGAGGGGACCAGGGCCAGAUCGUCAUCAUCUCCCUGAUCGCCGCCAUCGUCACCCUCAUCAUCCUCGUCGUCGGCAUCUGCCUCUGCAGUCACCACUGUCGGAGGCAGCGUAGGAAGAGAAAGGCAGAAGAGAUGGAGACGCUGAACAAGGACUCACCUUCCCGAAGCGAGGACGUGCGGGAGACGGGCAUCGCGUGAAGGUGCACAGGGCCGGGCGGCGACUGAGUCG